AUGGCUAUAACACGACAGCAACGAGAUCAUCUUAGAGCUAGAGUCCUCACUCUUGAGGCUGAAAGGGAUUCAUUAAGGGAGGAGGUUGGAGAUAAGACCAGGAAGUGUGAUACACUAUAUACCGAUAAUAUCAAGUUAUUGGAACAGAAGAAGUAUUGGCAAUCUAUGAGGCAUGCGUCGAGUGAAGACGAUGUGAUCGAAAUGCGGUAUAUGCCAGCCUACAUGGAGGAGGUAUCAUUGUCACCAUUUGAGACAUUUAAGAUAUCAGAGAGGGAGAAGAGGUUAAUGAGGUUACCUAGAGGGGAAAGGCUGCUCGUACAAGUACUGACAUUGAUAGUUGGUAAUAGGAUGACUAGGAUUGCCGGUGGACUCUAUCUUAUGGCAUUACAUUUACUAGUAUUUAUAGUUUUGUAUAAGUUCAUGCAUUUAUCGUCCAAGUAUGACAAUGUCUGA